GAAAUGGUAUCCCACUACAUGUUUCCAUCGAUUUACAAUGCCGACAAGCAUGAAAACCAUUAUAUUCAGCAUUUUGCCACAAUCGCGCUCAUGUCCAGACUCUGGUAUAGGGGCUCUAGAUCCCUUUAACGCUCGCAACACCCGUGGAAUCAUUUUAUCCUUGUUGUUUAUCAAAUAUUAAACAAGGACAAACGAUGCUUGCGAGCGUAAGUGGAACGCAGCCAGCAGUCCAUGUUUUUAUCUACAAACCGAAACACGGAAAAAGAAAUCUGGCAAGUCAUCAUAUCAGCUGAUGCAUGUUUCAGUACGUGACACCUGUUGAAAAUCAAGUAUCUGUUCCAGUUCAUCUCGUUAUAAUUGAUUAAGAUAUGUUAAAAAAGCUUCCCUUCGAGUUUUUACCGAUUAUUUAUCGCUGCAGACUCGCGAACACGUUGAAGCACAAUGUUAAACGCGAAUAUAAUGGAACGUCAUCCUCCGCUUUACGUACCGAAGCAAACAGCACAUUACACGUGAACGAGCAACUACAGGAAAUUUUUAAAUUUAAGGACACCAAAAUCAGCAAUUGGAUCAUUGAGAACAAGGCACGUGCACUGUGCGUCAGCUAUACUGAAAGCAAUAAAGAUAAUCGCCAGUGGAUUUUACGUACAUUAGCUUCGCGGUAUGCUGUACAACAUGACGUUAUAUGUCGAGUGGCCAAGAGAUUGGUCUGCACUGAGCCUGAAAAUGAACGUCAGAUGAUUGUCCAUGAGAGAGCUUUGAAGGAUGUUCUCACACCUGCUUAUCAUUGGUUAUUCGUUAUUGUAGGAAGAUUACAGCAUGGCGUCAAAUUCUUGGUUGACCUGAGAACUGAUGUUCUGCAACUAAUAUCAGAAAUGAAAGAUGCAGAUGAAAGCAUAAUAAUACAGCAGUUAAAUCAUACUUUGCGAGAUUUGCUUUUACUCUGGUUUUCCGUGGGUUUUUUACAUAUGGAACGAAUAACUUGGGAAAGUGCAUGUGAUAUAUUGCAAAAAAUCUCUGAUUACGAAGCUAUACAUCCUAUGAGAAAUUGGUUGGACUUGAAACGCAGGGUUGGGCCAUAUAGAAGAUGUUACAUAUUUACACAUCCAUCCAUGCCAAGAGAACCUAUUGUUGUGUUGCAUACAGCAUUAUGUGAUGUUAUACCAGAUAGUGUAAAAGGUAUUGAAGAAGCUGAAACUAGAAUUUUAGGAAGUGCAAAGAAAUAUAUAACUUUUUUAGAGGAAGAUAAAUCAAAAAUAAAAGCAGCAAUAUUUUAUUCUAUAGUAUCUACUCAGAAAGGAUUGCAGGGGAUUGAGCUCGGUAAUUAUUUGAUAAAAGAAGUAGCCAGCGAGAUCACAACUGAAUUUCCAGCUAUACGACAAUUAUCUAGUUUAUCACCAAUACCAAAUUUUAAGGCUUGGUUGUCCGAUAAAUUGAAACAAGACAUGACGUUUAUAUUUACCACACAAGAAUAUCAAAUUGCAAAAGAUAUUUUGCAAACAGAACAUUUGAUAUCAAUUUUUAAAAAAAUCCUGGACACAUCAUUAUGGACAGGGGACAAACAACUGUCAGAAUUUUUAAAAGAACCAUUACUUCGAGCAUGUGCAUGGUACUUGUAUAAAGAAAAAAGACGUGGCUAUGCUUUAAAUACAGUCGCUAAUUUCCAUUUACGCAAUGGAGCUGUAAUGUGGCGAAUAAAUUGGAUGGCUGAUCCUUCACCACGCGGAGUGGCAAAUAGUUGCGGCAUAAUGGUUAACUAUAGAUAUUUCUUAGAAGAUUCUGAGAAAAACAGUCGGAAUUACAUUGAACAUUUUACCAUAAAUGCUACAGAAGAUAUAAUUAAUCUCGCGACGCAAGCGGAAAAAUUAAGAAAUUUAUCAUAACAUAUG